AAAACAGUUGGUGGCAGAUAUUCAGUGCCAUCAAGUACCCAGAAGAGAGAUUAAAGAUCUUUUUUCUCCAUGCCAGGAUACUCAGAGUUUUACUUCAAUGUGGACCAUGGCUACUUGGAGGGUCUGGUCCGAGGGUUCAAAGGUGGGAUCUUGACAAGUGCGGACUAUGUCAAUUUAGCACAGUGUGAGACACUAGAAGAUCUGAAGUUACAUCUACAGACUACGGACUAUGGCAAUUUCUUGGCAAAUGAAACUGGCCCUCUUACUGUUUCCACCAUCGAUGAAAAACUGAAAACAAAACUACUCACAGAAUUUCAUUACUUUAGAAACCAUGCUUUUGAACCACUUGCCACUUUUCUGAAUUUUGUCACAUACAGCUAUAUGAUUGACAACGUAAUUCUUUUAAUAACUGGCACAUUACAUCAGCGACCCAUAGCUGAACUUGUUCCCAAGUGCCAUCCAUUGGGGAGCUUUGAGCAAAUGGAAGCAGUCAGCAUUGCCUCAAACCCCACUGAACUCUUCAAUGCAAUUUUGGUUGACACACCAUUAGCUGCAUUUUUUCAAGACUGCCUGUCUGAAAACGACCUGGAUGAAAUGAACAUUGAAAUAAUGCGCAACAAACUGUACAAGUCUUACCUCGAGGCAUUUUAUAAGUUUUGUGAAAAACAAGGUGGUACUACAGCAGAAAUAAUGAGACCUAUUCUUGAGUUUGAGGCAGACAGACGUGCUUUUAUCAUCACCAUUAAUUCAUUUGGCACUGAGCUGAGCAAAGAUGACCGAGAGAAGCUGUAUCCAACCUGUGGAAAACUUUAUCCAGAAGGCUUGCACCUGUUGGCCAAUGCAGAUGACUACGAGCAAGUGAAGUGUGUUGCAGAAUACUAUGCAGAAUACAAGGCUGUGUUUGAAGGUGUAGGGAGUGGCACUGGAGAAAAGACACUGGAAGACGCAUUUUUUGAACAUGAGGUAAAGCUGAAUGUGCUUGCAUUCAACAACCAGUUUCAUUUUGGAGUAUUUUAUGCCUAUGUGAAGUUAAAGGAACAAGAAUGCAGGAAUAUUGUAUGGAUUGCUGAAUGCAUUUCUCAGAGACACAGAACCAAAAUUAACAACUACAUUCCAAUUUUCUAA